AUAACUGCUUCAACGUGCUCAAAAUGAUGUGCUUAUUAUCCAGCCUCUUUGUGUUGAAUUUUGUAGCUUUAUGUGAUGCUGAUACGGGGUUGCGAGUUUUGCUGCAGAAUGAAUUAAAUCAAGAUAUCAUAACGCAUUUGGGGACACGCUACGAAAUUGUGCAUCCUUUGCAAAUAAGAUCGGACUGGGAAAAAGGACUUUCAACCAAACUACCAAGUAAUGGUGAAUCAGGUGCACAUCUUCAACAGACAUCAUUCCUGAUCGAAACUCGAGAAGUCAAGCUGCAUUUGGAUCUGGAAUUGAACAAAGAUCUAUUUGCUCCAACGUUAGUCCAGUUCCUGUUUCUAAAGGAUGUUUCACCCAUUGCGAUUCAAAAGCUUCCUGAAAACUGUUAUUACCAUGGGAAAGUCAGAAACCAUCCUAGAGCAGUGGCGGCAUUGCAGACAUGCCAUGGACUUAGAGGAGCUAUCUUCUUGGAGAAAAAGACGUAUUUUAUUCAUCCUCUUCAUGGCAACCAUUCGGAAAAUCACCCUCAUCUCUUGUAUCAUUAUCUUCCAGAAGAUAUAUUUGAAUGUGCAAAUAAAGAAGAAGGUAAAGAUAAAGAAGACCCAUUUUAUUUCGCAGAAAAUGAUGCUACAAUACGAAAUAAAUACAUAGAAGCUGCUCUUGUUUUUGAUCAAAAAUCGUUCGAAACAUAUAACCGUCCACCGUCUGACGUUGCUGCAGCAGCAGUCGAAAUGAUCAAUUAUGUGGAUCUGAUUUACCGGCCUUUAAAUACAUCCGUAAAUUUGGUGUACUUGGAACUAUGGUUAGAAGACCAAAUGAAAAUUGAUUCUAACAUCACUAAUAAUCUGAACGGUUUUCGAGAGUACGGUGGUAGAAGAAUCAAUCGAAUAUCAAUCGAUACUGCACUUUUGCUAACGAGCGCUGACUUUGAUGACAAUGAAAGCGGCCAUGCAUUCUUGGAUAGCAUUUGCACUACAAGUGCUAUUGGAAUUACGAAAAUAAGAAAUAUUUAUCAGCCUCAUUUGACGUCAUUUGUUUUGGCGCAUAUGAUUGGACAUAAUUUAGGAAUUAAGCAUGAUAGUGAAGAUUGUCGAUGCGCUGAUAGUCAUCAAUGCAUUAUGGGAAAUAACAUUCCCUAUUUGAGUUCGACUGUGUUCUCGGAUUGUAGCGUUGAUGAUUACUACAAAAUGUUGAGUAAAGGACAUGGUGCUUGCUUGUUCAACAUGCCAACAAUGAGAAUGUCUGUGUGUGGAAAUGGAGUUCAAGAAGACGAAGAAGAAUGCGAUUGUGGCACAAUGGAGGAAUGUGUUAAAUCAAAUCCUUGCUGUGAUCCAAUGACAUGCAAGUUAAUCAAACAUGCUGAAUGCUCUGCAGGAGCUUGCUGCAAGAAAUGCAAAUUAUUGUCUCCUGAUUUUCUGUGUCGUCCUUCGAAAGGAGAAUGCGACAUUCCCGAAUUUUGCGAUGGAAAAAAUGGACAGUGCCCUGAAAAUCUGUAUAAAAGAAAUGGUGCUGUUUGUUCUGGUGGUUUAGGAUAUUGCUAUCAAGGAAUAUGUCCGGUUUUGAAAAAGCAAUGCCAAAACGUUUGGGGAGAAGAUGCUGAGGCUGGAGAAUCUGUAUGCUAUGAAAGAAUAAAUGUUUUAGGCACUCCAAAUGGCAACUGCGGUGAAGAUUUUAAAGGAAAGAUUCAUAAAUGUACAUUUGAAAAUUCUUACUGCGGUUCGUUGCAAUGUAGUCAAGGAGAAAAAGUGCCCCUUGAUUCUGAACUUCCAGUUCAGUUUAUCAUUCACAAAGUGAAAUCACAUGGAGUUGUGUAUGAGUGCAAAGCACGAACAUUGUUGGCGUCUGAAGUUCGCCAAGGUCUAGUUAAAGAUGGAACAAAGUGUGGCUUCCAAAAGUUUUGUUUGAAUCAGACAUGUACCAGUAUUAGAAACGUGGUAUCAGGAAAGUGUCCCUUAGAAGAUGAACAAAACGCAUGCUCUGGCCAUGGGGUUUGUACGAAUCUGAACUCUUGUUUCUGCGACGAAGGCUGGAUGGGAUCUGACUGCAGUGAAAUCGAUGAAGAGAGUCGUCGUCGAAGUGAAAGUGGCAGUAGCGAAUAUUAUGAUUCUAUCGAAAGUUCACAGAUUGGAACUCCAUCGUAUGGACAUAAUGAACUGAAUCUUGAUCCUAAUUUAGCAAUCACAGUUAUAACAGCAUCAGUCGUUAUUGGUGUAGGUUUAGUGGUUAUUAUAGCAUUAUUCUUCUAUUACAGGAAACAAACUCUUCACUCAAAUAAGGUUCUAGUCAAUUUACCUAUGCCCAAUGAAGAACAACAGCCAUCUUAAGACUAUUCACUCCAUUGUCACAUAACAUCUGCCAUCU